AUGGCCCACACCUUCUACGACGGAACCAUCCCGGUAGUCCAAGCCAUCCUCAACUCCCUCUCCCACAUCCUCCAUCAAGCUGGGCAACACCCCAAUGCCACCACUCUCCUCGCAGCCCGCCUCCAUGAGGACAUGUACCCACUAACCGACCAAGUCCGCAUCGCGACCCAGUUCUCCGAGAACCUAGUCGCAAGACUGACCGGUCGAGAGCCGGUGAUGUUCGAUGGCAGUCCCACGACAUUUGCCGAGUGCUACGAGCGUAUUGAGACGGUGUUGAAGGCGUCUAACGAGGCCGAUAAGGACGUCGUCAAUCAACAUGCUGACGUUGUCGCGACGACGAAGAUGGGCCCCGAAAAGGCGGUUGAUAUGACUGCUGCGGCGUAUGCUCAUAGCGUUGCCUUGCCCAACAUCUAUUUUCAUCUUACUACUGCGUAUGGGAUUCUAAGGAAGGAAGGCGUGCCGUUGGGUAAGCGGGAUUAUUAUGUUGGGUUUUUCCCACAUCUUGGGGGCCAGUAG